GUACAACUACACAACCAAGCUCCAUAUACUUCUCAUUCUUUCACAAAUUUUUUUAAUUCACCGUUGUCUCUCAAGCGCAACAGAUUAGGAUCAAUUAUACAGACAUUUGCGAACGAGUUUUCAUCAUUUCAUUUUGUGCUUGCCACAACGACAAUGGUCUUCUAACUUCAUUGGACAAGAAUACAGCUCCUUGUGUUGAUCUUCUGGCGAAAUGCUUCAACAAGACGCCGUGAUCAAUGUUGAUUUACCUGAGACACGGCCCAUUCCAUUAUUAUCCCUCGCCUUCAAUGACCUCACCUAUAAAGUCACACUUCGACGGCGUUUUGGUUUUCGUUCCCGACGUAGCCCUGCUCAAGUAAAGACUCUGCUCAACGGUAUCACCGGAGAGACCAAAGAAGGAGAGAUCUUAGCCAUUCUUGGAGCAAGCGGCUCUGGAAAAUCAACCCUUAUCGAUGCAUUGGCUGGACGGAUCUCAGAAGGUAGCUUGAAAGGCACGGUAACUCUAAACGGCGAAGCUUUGCAGUCACGUGUGUUACAAGUUAUAUCUGCUUAUGUGAUGCAAGACGAUCUCCUUUACCCCAUGCUCACUGUCCAAGAAACCCUAAUGUUCUCUGCCGAGUUUCGCCUUCCAAGAAGCCUACCCAAAUCUAAGAAGAGAGACAGAGUUGAAACCCUAAUCGACCAGUUAGGGCUUAGAACUGUUAAAAACACUAUGAUCGGAGACGAAGGUCAUCGUGGCGUCUCUGGUGGAGAGAGGAGGCGUGUAUCGAUUGGGACCGACAUCAUUCACGACCCCAUUGUGUUGUUCCUCGACGAACCAACAUCAGGACUAGACUCAACCAGUGCAUUCAUGGUGGUGCAAGUCUUGAAAAAGAUUGCGUGUAGUGGAAGUAUCGUAGUUAUGUCAAUCCAUCAACCUAGUUGUCGGAUAAUGGAGUUUCUUGAUCGGCUCCUCGUCCUAUCUUCUGGCCAGUGUGUGUUUAGUGACUCCCCUGCUACUCUCCCCUUGUUCUUCUCCGAGUUUGGUCGUCCCAUACCUGAUAAAGAGAACAAUGCGGAGUUCACACUUGACCUAAUCAAAGAUCUUGAAGGAUCCUCUGAAGGAGCCAGAAGGUUAGUAGAAUUCAACCGAAGUUGGCAACAAAAUAAGCUUAGAGGUAGUCAAGAGCCUCACCACAACUCAUCACCCUUGAUAGAAACAAUCAAUGCAAGCAUUACUAGAGGAAAGCUUGUCACAACUUCAUAUAACUCAAAAGCUUCAUACGUAAACCCAUGGUGGGUCGAGACCCUUAUCUUAGCUAAACGUUACAUGAUAAAUUGGACCAGAACACCUGAGCUUAUCGGUACACGGGUCUUCAUUGUCAUGAUGACCGGUUUUCUCUUGGCUACGGUUUACUGGAGAGUAGAUGACUCACCUAGAGGCGUACAAGAGAGGCUAAGCUUCUUCUCAUUCGCAAUGGCUACAAUGUUCUACAGUUGCGCCGAUGGACUACCAGCUUUCAUCCAAGAAAGAUACAUUUUCAUGAGAGAAACUGCACACAACGCUUAUCGAAGAUCCUCCUAUGUUAUAUCUCACUCUCUAGUGACCCUGCCUCAUCUCUUCGCACUUUCAGUUGGAUUUGCAGCCACAACAUUUUGGUUCGUUGGCUUAAACGGCGCUUUAGCUGGUUUCAUCUACUAUCUUCUCAUAAUCUUUGCAUCUUUCUGGUCAGGAUGCUCUUUUGUUACAUUUGUCUCUGGUGUGAUACCUAACGUGAUGAUGAGUUACAUGGUCACGUUUGGUUAUCUCUCUUACUGUCUACUCUUCAGCGGAUUCUACAUCAACCGAGACCGUAUCCAUCUUUACUGGAUAUGGAUUCAUUACAUUUCUCUACUAAAGUAUCCUUAUGAAGCCGUUUUACACAACGAGUUCGACGAUCCUUCCCGUUGUUUUGUUAGAGGGAACCAAGUUUUUGAUAAUACGUUCAUGGAAGAAGUGCCUGAGGCUAUGAAGGAGAAGCUUCUGGAGACAAUGGGAAGUUAUUUAGGGAUGGAGUUAACGGAGUCAACGUGUUUGAGGACGGGAUCUGAGUUGCUUAAGCAACACGGUAUUGAGCAGUUGGAUAAAUGGGGUUGCUUGUGGGUUACGCUAGCUUGGGGAUUCUUUUUUAGGAUCUUGUUUUAUUUUUCGUUGUCAUUUGGAAGCAAGAAUAAGAGGGCGUGAACGUCAUCUUUGGAAGCAAAAGUGUGAAAUCAAUGUAUUUCUGAAGCAUACGUUUUAUUGUGGAAGCAAAUCCCUUUUCUUGAAUCUUGAAAUACUAGUGAUAUAUAUUUAUAUAUCUUCUGCC